CGUUGUGCCACCGCUGUCGAUGAUCCAAAACAGCCUCUCAUUUUCCAUUAGUCAGCAUAAAAGUUUCCUCACUUCUACUAGCUCGCAUAACGACCCGGCUGAUAUCCGUUUCGUUCCACACAGGACAGUGGAUAGGAUAGGACUGGGCUGUUGCUAGCAAGGAGAGGUAGCUAGUAGUGAAGAUGGCGGCGGCGGAAUCUGAUCGUGAAGUACCGUCUGCUCUGUGUACCGAAUUCCUGAAUUUCUCUGCCAAGGACACCGCUUCGAAAUGGCUCCAGGCGACCGACCUCUACAAGGAAGUUUACCAGCACCUGGCUUGCUAUGUCCCAAAGAUCUACUGCCUGGGGCCCAACUUGAACCCCCAGAGUGAAGACCUGCUAGCCCAGCUGCUGCUGCAGAGCCCUCUUGAAUGGUACCUGUGUGGGGAGGACCCCUCCAUGGGCCUGGUCAAGCUAGAGCAGAACAACCAGCCCUCACAGCUCUGCGGACACGUCUUCAGAGUGGGAGAGCCCACCUACUCAUGCAGGGAAUGUGCUGCGGACCCCACCUGCGUGCUUUGUAUGCAGUGUUUCCUGGGCAGUGUACAUAAAGAGCAUCGCUACAGGAUGACCACCUCUGGUGGGGGGGGGUUCUGCGACUGCGGAGACACAGAGGCCUGGAAGAAGGGCCCUUACUGUCAGAAACAUGAGCCCAACAUCAGCGACUCCUGUCAGGAGGACCCCCUGGCCCACCUUUCUCCUGACAUGGUCGCCCGCUGCUACAACGUCUUCUCCAUCGUGCUGAGAUACGCUGUGGACAUGCUCACCUGGGAGAAGGAGGACGAGCUUCCCCCCGGCCUAGAGCCUCCAGACCGACAUGACACCUACUACUGCAUGCUCUUCAAUGACGAGGUGCACACGUACGAGCAGGUCAUUUACACCCUGCAGAAGGCUGUCAACUGCACCCAGAAAGAAGCAGUCAGCUUCGCCACCACAGUAGACCGAGACGGGAGGAAAUCUGUGCGCUUCGGUGACUUUGCGUUCUGCGACCAGGCCAAGUCCGUCAUCGUGAGGAACACCGGUCGUCAGUCCAAGCCCUUGAGAGUCCAGGUGAUGCACUCGUCCGUGGUGGCGCACCAGUGUUUCGCUCUCAAAGUCCUGCAGUGGCUCGGCCAUGUUAUAGGAUACUCCGAUGCCCUGAGGAGGAUUCUUUGUCAGGUGGGCCUGGAGAAUGGGCCAGAAGGGGAGAACUCCUCCCUGGUUGACACCCUCAUGCUCUGUGACUCAAAGAUGUGGAAAGGUGCCAGGAAUGUUUACCACCAGCUCUUGAUGAGCAGUCUUCUCAUGGACCUCAAGUACAAGAAGCUGUUUGCUAUUCAGUUUGCCAAAAAUUACCGGCGCCUCCAGACAGAUUUUAUGGAGGAUGACCACGAGCGUGUAGUGUCAGUGACCUCUCUGUCAGUUCAGCUCUUCACCGUCCCCACCAUGAAUUAUGAGUGCUUGCAGAGCGACUAUGUGAAAGAUGACCACGACAGGGAGUUCUCGGUUACUGACCUCUCCGUCCAAAUGUUCACGGUGCCCUCCCUGGCAAGGAUGCUGAUCAUAGAGGAGAACCUGAUGACCACCAUCAUCAAGACCUUUGUGGACCACCUGCGCCACCGCGACCUGCAGGGCCGCUUCCAGUUUGAGCGCUACACCACCCAGCAGGCCUUCAGGUUCCGCCGUGUCCAGAGCCUCAUCGGUGACCUCAAGUAUGUCCUGAUCAGUCGGCCCACAGAGUGGAGUGACCAACUCAGGGAGAAGUUUCUGGAAGGACUGGACACUUUCCUGGAGCUGCUGAAGUGCAUGCAGGGCAUGGACCCUGUGGUCCGGCAGGUGGGCCAGCACAUUGAGAUGGAGCCAGAGUGGGAGGCGGCCUUUACCCUGCAGAUGAAGCUCACACACAUCAUCUCUAUGAUGCAGGAGUGGUGCGCUACAGAUGAGCGUGUGCUGAUUGAAGCCUAUAAGAAGUGCCUAACAGCCCUGACACACUGCCACAGUGGCUUCACGGACGGAGAGCAGCCCAUCACACUGAGCAUGUGUGGCCAUUCUGUGGACACCAUCCGCUACUGUGUCUCUCAGGAGAAAGUCAGCAUCCACUUGCCCGUGUCCCGCUUACUGGCAGGUCUCCACGUUCUCCUCAGUAAGAUGGAGGUGGCCUACAGGUUUCCUGAACAGCUCCCACUGAGCGAGCUGAGCCCCCCAAUGCUAAUAGAACACCCCCUUCGCUGCCUGGUCCUCUGUGCCCAAGUGCACGCUGGGAUGUGGAGGAGAAACGGCUUUUCGUUGGUCAACCAGAUUUACUACUACCACAACGUGAAAUGCAGAGUGGAGAUGUUUGACAAGGACCUCAUCAUGUUGCAGGCCGGAGCCUCCAUGAUGGAUCCCAACCACUUCUUGAUGAUUGUCCUGAGCCGCUUCGAGCUCUACCACAUCUUCAGCUCGGCCGACUGCAGAAAGAGAUACAACCGGGAGAACACCAACAAGGAUGUGGUCCAGCAGAACAACACUUUGAUAGAGGAGAUGCUUCAUCUCAUCAUGAUGGUCGUUGGUGAGCGUUUUGAAGCUGGCGUUGGCCAGGUGGAAGGCUGUGACCAGAUCAAGAGGGAGAUCAUUCACCAGCUGGGCAUCAGACCCAUGGCCCACAGUGAGCUGGUCAAAGCCUUGCCUGAGAACGAGAACAAGGAGACUGGUAUGGAGCGGGUGAUUGACAGUGUCGCUCUGUUUAAGAAGCCUGGUGUGACGGGCAGGGGGCUGUAUGAGCUAAGGCCAGAGUGUGCCAGCCAGUUCAACCUCUACUUCCAUCACUACUCCCGCGCCGACCAGUCUAAGGCAGAGGAAGCCCAGAGAAAACUCCGGAGACUGAAGGGAGAAGACACAGCUCUGCCCCCUCCAGUGCUGCCCCCGUUCUGUCCUCUGUUUGCCAGCCUGGUGAACAUUCUGCAGUGCGAUGUGCUGCUGGGCAUGCUGGGAGCCGUGCUGCAGUGGGCCGUGGAGCCCAGCGGGGGGCACUGGUCUGAGUCCAUGCUGCAGAGGGUGCUCCAUCUAAUAGGCAUGGCUCUGUUGGAGGAGCAGCAGCAGCUGGAGAACAACAGUGAAGACCACGACGUCUCCUUCAACUUCACCCUGAAAAUGUCUCGCCCAGGGGAGGCACCCAGUAACACAGCCAGUGUCCUGGCCCUCCUGGAGAACCUACAGAACGCCCCUCACCUAGAGGUCCACAAGGACAUGAUCCGCUGGAUUCUCAAGACGUUGGCCGUCAUCAAGAUGAUCCGCGAGCGGUCCGCCUCCUCUUCCACGGUGAGCGCGAGCGGGAGCCAUCGCCAGGAGGAGAUGGUGUGUGACAAGGACAAGGCUGAGAGGAAGAGGAAAGCGGAGAUGGCUCGUCUUCGUCGGGAGAAGAUCAUGGCCCAGAUGUCGGAGAUGCAGAGGCACUUCAUUAACGAGAACAAGGAGCUGUUCCAGCAGAGUCUUGAGGAGUUGGACGCCUCCACCUCUACGUCACUAGAGCACAGCCCGUCGUGGUCGGAUGCGUCCCUGGUUUGCGUGGGUCCCCGGUGCUCCCGUCCUGGUGAGAAGAGGCAGGUGGUGACCUGCAUCCUCUGCCAGGAGGAGCAGGAGAUCAGGGCGGACGGCAAGGCCAUGGUGCUGGCCGCCUUCGUCCAGCGCUCCACCGUCAUGUCCAAGAACCGCAAGAGGCCGCCACACGACCCCGAGCGUUAUGACCCUCUCUUCAUGCAUCCGGACCUGUCGUUCGGCACACACACCAGCAGCUGUGGCCACAUCAUGCAUUCACACUGCUGGCAGAGGUACUUUGAGGCGGUCCAGGCCAAGGAGCAGCGGCGUCAACAGAGACUCCGUGUGCAUACCAGCUACGACGUGGGGAACGGCGAGUUCCUGUGUCCGUUGUGCGAGUGCCUCAGUAACACAGUCAUCCCCCUGCUUCCCCGAGCCAAGGGCAUCAGCAGCUGCGAGCAGCCGGCUCUGGGACAGUGGCUGGAGACCUGCGCGCAGCAGAUCAGGGCCAUGCACUCAGCCCAUCGGAAACUGCAACCCGUCAGUGCUGAUGCGGUUGAAGAGACUGUGGAGGAGGAUUGCCCCGCCCCAGAGGGUUUCAGAGUGGACUACACCCCCCCGAGUCCAUACUCCACCACCAUCAAGGAGAUGUUGACCACGUUUGGGACAGCUACCUACAAAGUGGGCCUCAAGGUUCACCCCAAUGAGCAGGACCCCCGCGUGCCCAUCAUGUGCUGGGGAAGCUGUGCCUACACUAUCCAGUCAAUAGAGCGGCUGUUGGUGGACGAGGAGAAGCCAUUAUUUGGGAGUUUACCUUGCAGACAGGAUGACUGCCUGAGCUCCCUGGCCCGGUUCGGUUCAGCAUGUUGGACUGCAGCAUCUCAGUCGUCUGUGCAGGGUCACUUCAUCAGACUCUUAGCAGCUUUAGUUCCAGACCCUCAGGUGGAGACUUCUCCGUGUAUCCUAGACAUCGACAUGUUGCACCUGCUGGUGAGUGCGGUUCUGUCCUACGGGUCGGUCCAUUCCCAGGACUCAUCGGGGCUGAGCGUGGAUGCAGUCCAUCUGCACAUCUUCCACCUCGUCACGGUGGCUCACACAGUCCAGAUUCUGCUGACCUCAGGCCCGGGAGAGGCGACUAUGGAGCAGGAGAGUGGGGGAGGCGAGAGGGAGGAGGAGGAGGCUGUCUGUCGCCUCUACAACACCCUGAAGACACACCUGGGCAGUUCCUUGCCUGAGAUGUCCUCUGGUUGGCACCUUUGGCAUUGUGUGAAGUUGGGCAUCCUUCCCUACCUCAGAGGGGCAGCGCUCUUCUUCCACCACCUCAACGGAGUCCCCUCGCCUCCACAACUGCUGGGGGCGUGUCCCAACCAGUGGGAGGCGCUGUGUGGUUACCUCAGUCUGCCCUCCAACCUGCUGCAGCUCUACUACAGUCAUCUGGACCUCAUGGAGCCCCUACUGAAGGGGUGGUGCAGCCAUCCAGGUGUUCGGCAGACCCUCCUGGGAGGUGGCGUUCUUGUGAGUUUCCCUCGGGAGUCCAACAGCCUGAUUGAGCUCCCAGACGACUACAGUGCCCUCAUCAACCAAGCCUCCAGCUUCACAUGUCCUAAGUCGGGAGGGGACAAGUCCCGCGCCCCCACCCUGUGUCUGGUCUGUGGUACCAUGCUGUGCUCCCAGAGCUACUGCUGUCAGACAGAGUUGGAGGGGGAGGACGUGGGUGCUUGCACCGCGCACACCUUCGUCUGUGGUGCAGGCGUCGGCAUCUUCCUCAGAGUGAGGGAGAGCCAGGUUCUAUUCCUGGCUGGUAAAACCAAGGGCUGUUUUUACGCUCCUCCUUACCUGGACGACUACGGAGAGACGGACCAGGGUCUGAGGAGGGGGAACCCGUUGCACCUUUGCCGUGAGCGCUACCGCAAGAUCCAGAAGCUUUGGCGCCAGCACAGCAUCACCGAGGAGAUCGGCCACGCCCAAGAAGCCAAUCAGACUCUGGUCGGCAUCGACUGGCAGCACCUGUGACCGCGGAGGGUCAUAGGUCACGUGUCGAGUCAGACACACCCCUUCUCCAAACGUGUGUAUGUGUGUGUGUGUGUGUGUGUGUGUGUGUGUGUGUGGGGGGGGGUUCUCUGCACAUGGGGCCGUGGGGAGGUGGUUAUGGCAAUACAGCCCCACCUCCCACACUCCUCCUUUCUCCCCUCCACUCUACCCCCUCUGUCUGAGUGGAUGAAUGAAAAAAAUCCUAUUUUCCUUUGUAAUUUAAUUUGAAAUAGUAUAUAAAGCGUCUAAACCAUUGGGACACCAUGGUCGGGCUUGGGUGAAACAUGAAUACUACAGAGUCUAACUUAAUAGGAAUGCUAUUUAAUUGUUGCCUCUUGAAUUACCAAUAAGUUAUUUCUAGGGAAGAUGGCUGAAAGUGGUUCAUUUCCAGACCAAUGUCCCUUGUCAGCAAUCUCAUUUGAUAGGUCUUAAGGCCUGGUCAGAUCGUGUGUUUGGCCAGUGUCAGGCUCAAUUCAAUUUCAGUUCCACGGAAAUAAAGUUUCAGUCCCCACGCUGAAAACUCCUCAUUAAAAGUAAAUAGUGCUUUUCUGCUUUCUGCUCUGAAUUAGAAUUUCUGGUUGAGUUCUGAAUGCCGUUGGCAUGGGCACUGGUCUGAAUUUUGCGACAACCCCGCUGCUCUGGCAGGUUAACAUGUAUUCCUCCUAUCCUCCUGUCACUGCAAAACCAUUUUACACAGUAGCCCUAGUCUGAUGGACCCCCCACGCUUUCUGGAUCUCUGGAAGGACUAGCUGUCGCUUUGGCAAAAAGCUUAUGGGGAUGCAAAUAAACUGUGAUAAAACUUCAGACACACAGGACUCCAAGAAUCCAAGCCAAUGGAAGGAAGUAAACUUACAAAACCGCUGUCAAUGUUUGUGCUUGGGUGUGUGACUGUAGUGCCUGUAUGUUUGGUGUUUCAGUGUGUUGGAUAGAGUGUGUCCAGUCUUUUUGCAGGUUGUGUAUGCGUGUGUUCUGAAUGUAUCCAGACUGUUUGUCAGUGCUUUUGUUUUUUAACACUAUUUAAUUGAAUCCCCUUAACCCAGAGAUAUGAGCCUUCACUGCAAAGCUGUUUAUUCCCAUUUUGGUAUAUAUAUAUAUGUGUGUGUGUGUGGUUGGUUGGAGAACCAUGUUAUCUAUUUUACUUUUAUCUGAUGUGGAUGUUGUGCAUUGAUGGGGUUUGUUUGUUAGGGUAAUUGUUUUUUGUAUUGUAAUUUUUUGAUGUUGAGCAGAAACUUUUUUUUGCUGUUCUUUACAAGGAAGAGAACACAGGACGCAUAUCUCCCCAGCCCUUUUUAUACAUGGACUGAAUUUAAGAUAAUUAGGUCCAAUGGUUUUGACUGACCACCUGGUCUGACUUUGAAAAACACUCCGGACCGGGUUAUAGCCUGUAAUUUCAGCCCGGAGUCAUGUUUUUGGUUAGGUCCAGUGGUCAGAUAACUCCAGGCUCUAAUCAUAAGUUUCUGAAAUGUACCAUUUAGGUGAAAACACAUUCGUAAUGAUUUUAGAGGCUGGGUCUUUGCAUGGUCUCUCUGACCGCAUGGUGUCCCAAAGCGCAGGGUUUCUUGCUCCAUGGGGACCUGAAGCCUCUAUUCUUCCUUCAGUCCACUGGCAUGUUCUCAUGGUAACCAAUACCCACCUCAUUCUUUGACACACUCCGAAUAUGUAGGUUGCAUUAUUAUCUGGUCACCAACAGACUUGUUAAUAUGUGAAUUAUUGUAUAAAAAGUACAUUGUACUAUAUUGUAAAACAAUACCAAAAUAAAGAAAAAAGGAAUUCUUGA